UUGAUGUAAGAACUUAAGUGAUUUCGGUUUUUAUCAAGAAAUCCAUGGAAAAAUGGCUAAAUAUCAGCUCUUAAAUUAGACUCUUAUGAGCUAUUUUUGUUUUUAUCAUUAUAUUUAUCCAAACAAAUGUAGAUUUAGUUGUGCGAAAGCAAUAAACUGAACAGGAAAUUGAAGAAAACAAGGGUGGUCUAAAAAUUUUUCCAUGACUGUGUAUUUACUAGAGUGGCUAACCAAUACACAGUGUCACCAAGCUAGGAAAUUUGUUAUUAUGCUACGUUCAAGUCCAGUGUUGUGUAGCGGUCCAAGUGUGGAUUUUAUGAAGAGGGAGAUGACUGAAGGUGGACCACUCCCCACCGCAGAUGUCCUCACUCAGAUAAGAUUCUUUCCUUUGACUUCAAUAAACAUCUGCAGCAGCACAAAAGACAAGUGUUUCUUUAAACUAAGAGUGAUGUGCACAUUCAUGCACAGCAGUGGUACCUUCUUUUACACAGAAACUAAACAUAAAUUAUGCUGUCUGUACUCCUCUACACAUCCAACAGGUCAACUGUUCUACGCAGAUUUCAGGUUUUUUCAGUGGGGUUAUUUGUAUUAAAGCUGCUAUAUGUAUGAAUCCUGAGUGCUAUAAAAGCUGCCAAUACACACAAAAUGACAUUACAGUGUUUCCACUGUGCUUUGGCUUUGGAGUUGCCAAGGUGGACUUUUUAGCAGCUCAAACAAACUUGGUUCUCCCCCAGUGUCUGUCUGAAGAUUAUGAUCUUGGUGACUCCUAAUGUCUGGUAAUACUCUGUCUUCCAGGAAGUCCAGACACAAAAAAAAUAACAAUAGGUUCCAGGAAGUCUUAAACAAAACAAACAAACUAUACAAUAACUCAUACAGAGCUCGUCAGAGUGGAAUAAUUGCAACUGGAGCACCUGUUCAGUAUCGAAGAUGCUUCAUCAAAGCCACUGAUCAAUUCCAAACAACAGCGCUGUGAGGAGGGUACAUGCAUGAACUACUGAUCAAAAGUUUGGGGUUACCCAGACAAUUUCAUGUUUUCCAUGAAAACUCGCACUUUUAUUCAUGUGCUAACAUAAUUGCAGAAGGGUUUUCUAAUCAUCAAUUAGCCUUUCAACACCAUUUGCUAACACAAUGUUCCAUUAGAAUUCAGUAGAAAUGGUUGCUGGAAAUGGGCCUCUGUACUAUGUAGUUACAGUAUUCCUUUAAGAAUCAGUCAUUUCCAGAAUUCUAGAAUAGUCAUUUACCACAUAAACAAUAUCUAGACUGUAUUUCUGAUUCAAUUAAUGUUAUCUUCAUUGAAAAACUGCUUUUCUUUCAAAAAUAGGGACAUUUCUCAGUGAAGCCCAACUUUGAAAUGGUGGUGUGCGUUUGGAAAUAAAACCAACAUAAGGCCUAAAAAAACCAUGACGAGCCUUAAAAGGCACAACCCUGUAUUCUCUACAGCCUAAAGACAAUAAGGAGCUCUCCUUCAAGGAAAUAAAUAUGAGAAAUAUAAUAGAACAGGUGACUUCCAACAAAUACGAAUGGGUACAUUUGUUUGGCCAGAACAAGGAUGUGACUGCAACAUAAUCCUAUAAUCUUUUGUAAUGCUGUGUGUCAUUUCACAUAACACUCAGAGACGUUCCUUUUCUUAUCUUAGGUGUUUUUUGUAAUGUGAGUUGGCAUGUUGAGAAAUCUUUUACUUUGUCAUUUUCAGCAUUGUUGCAACUUGAUAAUCAAGCAGUCUAGUUGUUUGGUCACAUUUUUCACAGCUGAAUGGCAGCCAGUUGCAUAAGGUAAAACUGUUGUUCGUUCUCCAUCCAUCAGUAUAAAUAGCAGUGUAUCUGUCUCAGCAACAAUCCGUUCCACUGUUCACCGUUCAGACUGGAUCUACGGAAACCAUGCUCAGCUUCACACUCAGCACCACACUGCUGCUUGCAGCUUGUUUGCUCAGGACAUCAGUUGUUUCCACAGAGAAGGCUGUGACCUGUGAUGCUAACACAGGUCGUCGCAACUUUGGCCGUGACAAUGUCCAACGCCUUGGCUGUGAUCACGGAGUGAUCCGUGUGCAGGGAGCCCUGUACGGACGUGCAGAUCGUGAGACCUGCAGUGAGGGAAGGCUUGCAAGACAGGUUGCCAAUACACGGUGCUCUCAAAGGGGCACUCUGGAUGCUGUCAAGAGGAGAUGUGAUGGCAAGAAGGUGUGUGAGUUCAACAGUGAUGCAGUUCGUAGGUCUGAUCCCUGCUUAGGCACCUACAAAUAUCUGGAGACCAACUACACCUGCUUCCCAGCAAUUCGCGUCAUUGCAUGUGAGGACUCUGUGGCACAUUUGUUUUGUGCUAAGGGGCAGGUUAUAUUUGUCUAUGGAGCUGACUAUGGACGCAGUGACCAGACCACCUGCUCCUACAGACGGCCUGCCUCUCAGGUUCAAAAUGUGUCCUGUACAAGCUUCACUAGCAAAACUGUAGUUGAGGAGCGCUGUAAUGGGAAAAACAACUGUACCAUCAGCGCUACCAACUCAGUGCUUAGAGACACCUGUGUUGGCACAUACAAGUACCUGGAGGUGGCAUACAUUUGUGAAUAUCCUCUGGACACUGGAGAGGAAUCUUCAGGGGAGUCUUCGCAAACACACGCAGAAUGAAACAUGUAACAAACAUGUACUCAAUGACAUUUAAUAUAGCAAAUGUGUCACUUUGUAAUUUAG